AUGCCUUGGAGUAAGUACGUGGCAGAAUUUCUGAACAAAAAGUUUCCCUCUGAAAAAGAAGGGAUACCGAAUAGAUCUGAACUGGUGGAUGAGUAUUUUGGUCAAAUGUUUAAGUCCUAUGCUGAAGUAUGCAUUUCUUAUACGUUGGCCUCCGCAGCUUCCAGGGGCCAGGAUAAAAUUACUCCUCAGGAUCUAUUAAUUUCAAUUGAUAGAUUAUUUCCUAUAAACACCAAAGGAUAUGAGCCAGAGCAUAUAUCACUAAUGACUCAGUAUUCCAUGGCGCGUCAUAACCAUCGCAGAAAGCUGGCAGCCAAUCGCAAUUUAAGCAAGGAUAGGAGGAUUAUAAAACUAAAAACGAGUCUAAACACCAGUUCAACUAACACUGAUGCCGGUGCUACGGAUAAUUGUGGUACGCGGACAAGUAUAAACAAUAACCUUUCGAAUAUUGGUAAAAAUUUCUCCCAAAAAAGUUGGAAGAAAAAAAUAGGGCAUAAAGAUCGAUUGGGUAAUAAAAUACAUGCCAAAACAUAUCAUAUGCAGGAUUACAAUUGCAUCGUUAAGCCUAGUAAACACAUACCCCUUAAUCAAGCUUUUGAACUCCUUUGA